AUGGUAUUUAAUAGAACCACCGCAUCAGAAUACAGAAGUAGCCUCUUUGAUCAGUUUUUGGGAUAUACUGUGAUCUUGAACACAACACAACGUCGACAUCUAGUCUGUCUAAAGUGGUACCGUCGGUCUAAGAUAUCAAACACAGAAGUGGAAUAUUUUGUCUGUGCAAUCAUUCUUGGGAUAGAGGAUCUUAGUGGACAAUACACUCAGUACAUAGAGAAGUGUGUAGCGUUGCUUAGAAAAACAUCCUUCAAUGUAUCAGAAUUUACGAAAAAAGCCGGAUUUGAUCUUGAUGCUGAAACGCUGUGGUCGUGUAAAUUCCGGGGUAAAACUUGUGAUGCAAAGAAUUUUACAAGUGUUAUUACCGACUAUGGUCGCUGUUGGACCUUCAAUGGUGCGAGCGACAGGAGCUUGAAGCAAUUUCAACCAGGACCUAAUAAUGGACUACAACUGAUGAUAAAUGUGGCCCAGAAUGAAUAUACAGAGACCAUUGGACUUGGUGCUAACCUGGAAGCUGGAUUGAAGUUUCUAGUACACCCACAAGACUCGCCCCCUCUCGUGUCCACUAGAGGGUCUGCUAUUGGUACCGGUCAACAUGCCUUUGCAGAUGUAUAUGUAUAUGAGUCUGAUAACCUGGAAGAGCCGUGGGGUCAAUGCAAGAAAGAUCAGAAGUUGAACAACUACAAAACGUACUCGUAUGCAAACUGUGUAAUGGAGUGCCGAUUCAAACAUUUCGUUAAACGUUGUAACUGUAAGCCUGAAAGGUAUGAAGGUCCAGCAAAUGUCUGUGAUCCAAUAAAUACAUGUUCUUGCAUUGCCGAAGUUUUGGAUGGAAUAAAUAACAAUACGUUUCGGUGUAAAUGCUACCGCGACUGCAAAGACAUUUCCUACGACACCAAGGUAUCAUACGCCAACAUCCCAAGUUACAGUAUUAGUAACGGUACUCAAGAAGCUUACAACGUAUCCGCAGAAUUUGUAAAGAAUAAUGUUGUUAUGUUGGAUGUGUAUUAUCCUGUAAUAAGGAAACAAGUUUAUAAACAAACAAAAGCUAUGACCUUCUUAGCCUUAAUGGGUGACAUUGGUGGAGAGUUGGGAUUGUGUGUUGGAGUGAGUUUCAUUACAGUUGUUGAGAUAAUCGAAUACCUGACCUUGAAAAUUAGGAGGUACAUGAAUGGAAAAAGGGGAAAGAGAAGGAAUAAGAAAAAUAAAAGCAGUGUCGUCUCACCACAAAAUGGUGCACACGGUGUGGAAAUUAAUAGUUAA